AUGCCAAGAAAGAAACAUGCCCCCAAGGGUAAAAAAUUAACCCUAACGGCUGCUAAGAACACCAUCAAGAUUACAAUUGAUGGCAGGAAAAGGCUGGAUCUAUCUAAGAGGAGACUUUUAGCCUUUCCUAAAUGCUUGUUGAAUCUCUGUGAUGUGGCAGAGCUGGAUCUUAGUAGAAAUUCAAUAAAGAAAGUGCCUGAAUGGAUAGAGAAAUUUCAGGAUCUUCGCUUAUUAGACCUGCAUAGCAAUCAGAUUGAGAAACUUCCAGAAUCUAUAGGACAGCUUCAAAAUUUACUGUUUCUCAAUGUUAGUAAUAACAAACUCACAGAAAAAGGUCUCCCUGUGGAGUUAAACCAGCUGAAGAAACUUCGUCAACUUAAUCUUGGUCUUAACUCUAUUAAAGUUCUACCAACUACAAUAGGUGCUCUUAAAGAUCUCGAAGAGGUAGGCCUUUUUGACAACAAGCUUACUAAAGUGCCCCCUGGCAUCCUUGAAUUGCCAAAAUUAAAGAAAUUAAACACUGAGAGAAAUCCUAUAUUGCCAACAAAAGAAGAAAUGGAGGCAGAACAACAUGAGGCCAUCCAACGUACUCAAAGUUUUCAUCUUGUGAGCGAGAAAGAUUUGUGCAGUUCUUGUGUCAACAUGUGUCAAGCCGAAAGGAGCAAGCUGAAUAAAUGGAAGAAUAUUGACAACCCGUUAGUGAAAAAAAAGAAACCUCGCUUCACUGACCCGGUGACCCCAAACUCAACAGGCAAAAAAAGCUAA